UCCCCUCUCUUCGUUCUUCUUCUUCCUCCAUCAAAACUUCAGUCGCAGAAAUAAAUGGAGCCGAGGAGCAUUUCCCAAAAUGGAAACAUUUCUGAAAAUGGAGGAUCCUCGCUGAUCUUUCUCGGCACCGGCUGCUCGACUGCGGUCCCCAACGCACGGUGCUUGAUCCAGCCCUCGGAUCCUCCAUGCGAGGUCUGCUCCCGAUCUCUUUCGCUCCCGCCUGAACGAAACCCUAAUUACAGGUGCAAUACUUCUCUUUUAAUUGAUUAUGCUCGAGCUGAUGGCGAACACAAGUAUAUAUUGAUUGAUGUUGGAAAAACCUUUAGAGAACAAGUCCUGCGGUGGUUUACCAUUCAUAAGAUUCCUCAAGUGGAUUCUAUUAUUUUGACACAUGAACAUGCAGAUGCAGUUCUUGGUUUGGAUGACAUACGUGUUGUACAACCAUUUAGCCCUACAAAUGAUAUUGAUCCAACACCCAUUUAUCUUACUCAAUAUGCAAUGGACAGUAUUGCACAGAAAUUUCCCUACCUGGUACAAAAAAAAUUAAAAGAAGGCGUGGAAGUGAGGCGUGUUGCUCAGCUUGACUGGAAAAUAAUUGAAAGUUGUCUUGAGAGACCAUUUUUGUCAUCUGGCCUAGAGUUUGUUCCUUUGCCAGUAAUGCAUGGAGAAGACUACGUGUCAUUAGGCUUUCUUUUCGGGAAGUCUAGAGUUGCAUAUAUAUCCGAUGUUUCACGCUUCCCUGAAAGCACUGAGUAUGUUAUUUCAAAAUCUGGAGCAGGACAGUUGGAUCUUCUCAUUCUAGAUACUUUGUACAAGGAAGGCAGUCACAAUACUCACUUCUGUUUACCUCAGACUCUUGAUGCUGUGAAAAGGAUAUGCCCUAAACGAGCUCUGUUCGUUGGCAUGACACACGAGUUUGAUCACGAAAAAGACAACAAGGCCUUGGCUGAAUGGUCUGUCAGGGAAGGGAUUCCUGUGCAGCUUGCUCAAGAUGGUCAGAGGAUCUUUAUUGACUUGUGAUCUUCAUGGACUCUAUAUUUGUCAAAGGAGCUUCCUUUUCUUCCUGAUCCUGGUCGAACUUACUACACGUUUUUACACAGUGAGUGAACCCACAAAUGUUUCCAUUUAACAUACCAUGAUUUUAUGAUUAUUGUAUAAUGAAAACUCUCUCGCAUUUAUGCAAGUUGGUCAA